GCGAAGCCGCCCAGCGCCAUGCACAGCGCAUCAGUGGUUGCUGUCGCGACAAAAGCGCAAGGCACCGUCACAAGCAGCACACACGCAUCGCACCGACGCCGUCGACGCGCUGGCUUAGUGAUCGGGCAGCCCGGCGGACCAGAAGAACAGCCCCAAGUACGGCAACCACCCACACCAUGGCCCACGUCCUCGCCGAGGCGCCCGCGCCGCCGGUGAGGGCGCCCACGCCCGCGCCGCAGCCGCGGCCGCGCAUCUACGAGGGUCACGCGAUCGACGCCGCGCUGGAGCAGCGGCUGAGCCUCGACGCGAAGCGCAGGAGCGCGCUCGACAAGCGCGAGGCGCUGAUCAUCCGGGCGCUCGCGGCCGUCAAGCGCCGCGAAGCUGCCGUUGCCGAGCGCGAGCGGCGGCUGGACGCGCGGACCGAGGCGCUCGACCGGCGCGAGCGGAUAUUAAGGGCGCGGGAAGACACGGAGGCGCGCCGCGCGAAGCGCCUCGAGGAUGCUACAAUGAGUGCGGACCCGCGAUUGCCGGAGAUCGCGAAGCGCUUGGAGGCGGUGGAGAAACUCGUGGACGAGACGGCGGAGGUCGUCUCACCUAGUAAAGAGGAAGAGGCGCAGUGGCGCAAGCGCGCGAAGCGGCGCGCGGCCACCCCCACUUACGAUACGCCGCAGUCGCGGCAGAAACAGGUCGAGGGCUACCUGAACAAGAAGGCCUACCUGAAGAAAUCCGGGAGGCCGCGCACGGCACCACCAAAGAAAACGGGCCGCGAGCCGCCGCACCUCGACGACAUGGCCGUCGCGCGCGAGAUCUGCCGGUCCCUCGACGUGCUAUCGCGCGAGACGGGCGAGUCGCGCGAGGCGUGGCGCACGAAAAUCUUCGGCGCGAGCCCGCCGCCGAAGCGGCAGGUCUCGGUGACGAUGCCGGUCGCCUCGGCCCCGUUCGCCGUGGCCGAGACGUGCCGGCAGGCCGUCAUGUCCGUCGACACGUUACCGGGCGGGCCGCAGGCCCCGCGAGACGUCGACCGGGCCCGGUUGGAGGAGACGCUGCGCGGGCGGCUCCGUCGCGCGCGCAUGUAACAUAUGAAUGUACUA